AUCUCAAAGCGUUUACGUGGCCGCAGCGCUGCAGAGUCGGGUUUGAAAGAGAAAGAGAGAGCCCCCGCCCCCCUGUGACGCGUGCGAGACAGAGAGAGCGCGUUGCAGUCUCCUCCGCCCGAGUGUUUCGUUUCAAAUGCCUGCGUUCCGUCUGUCCCAGUCCGUUUUUUUUGGCACUGUUGUUCAUUCGCUCAUUCACUCGUUUCUGGCGCUCGCGUGCAGUCGCUGCUCCCUCCUAACGGUUGUUCGCCGUCGCCAGAUCCCGCUAAAGUUUCGCAUAAAAUCACUCAUAUAGCUCCAGCCAACUGAAACUACAGUGCAAUAAAAAAAAAGGAGCGCGAGAAAUGAAAAAAGCAAACAAAAUGUAAGCGUGAUGAUAAUUAAAAAUAAAUACAAAGAAGAAAAAUACGAAAUUUACGCGUGGCUACAACUCCGAAACCGAAAACCCGCAGCAGGAUCUCUACGGAUCUGAUCGCACUCAGCUUCUGGCUGUCUGUGUGCGAGUCCGUGUGUGAGAGUGUACGCAGAGCAAGCCAAAUCAAUAAAUAAAAACCAAUUACAAAAAAAAAGUCCAACACGAAGAGAAUCAACCUGCAGUACGAUAGACAAGCAGAAGGCAGAAGACAACGAAAAAUUGAUACGAAAAAUAAUAAGAGUAAAAAUCAUCCACAACGGCGACCAUAACGAACUCCGCCCUAGCAAUGAGCCAGCUGGGCACCGUCUACGCCACCAAGCGAAGGCGACGCAACGGCAAGAGCCUGAAGCCGCCGCCCAAGGAUGGCGUCACAAAGAGCAAUCCAUCAAAGCGGCAUCGGGAGCGCCUCAACGCCGAGCUGGAUCUUUUGGCCUCGCUGCUGCCCUUUGAGCAGAACAUCUUGAGCAAACUGGAUCGACUGAGCAUUCUAAGGCUGUCCGUUAGUUAUUUAAGAACCAAAAGUUAUUUUCAAGUUGUUAUGCAUAAGGAAAAGGAGGAGAACGGAGUCCUGCCCCACAUACACGCACACGACGGCUACAGGACACGAGAGCUGGGCGCCUUCGAGCACGGCCUGUUGGAUGGUGAUAUGUUCCUCCAGGCCCUAAAUGGAUUUCUAAUGAUACUGACAUGCGAAGGCGAAGUCUUCUUUGCCACGCACAGCAUCGAGAGCUAUUUGGGAUUUCAUCAGUCGGACAUCGUCCACCAGUCAGUGUACGAACUGGUCCACUCGGAGGAUCGCGAGGAACUGCAGCGCCAGCUGCUGUGGAACAGCUUCCUGCCCGCCGACAUGUCCAGCAUGCAGCUGGCAGAGACUUUGGCGCCGGACAAGGCGCUCUACCUGGAGCGCAGCUUCACCGUCCGCUUCCGCUGCCUGCUGGACAACACGAGCGGCUUCCUGCGCCUGGACAUCCGCGGCCGCAUCAAGGUCCUGCACGGCCAGAACCGCAAGACGGAGGAGCCGCCGCUGGCCCUCUUCGCCUACUGCACGCCCUUCGGACCGCCAAGCCUGCUCGAGAUCCCGCACAAGGAGAACAUGUUCAAGUCCAAGCACAAGCUCGACUUCUCGCUGGUCUCCAUGGACCAGCGCGGCAAGCACAUCCUGGGCUACGCGGACGCCGAGCUGGUCAACAUGGGCGGCUACGACCUGGUGCACUACGACGACCUCGCCUACGUGGCCAGUGCCCAUCAGGAGCUUCUGAAAACGGGAGCCUCCGGCAUGAUUGCCUAUCGCUACCAGAAGAAGGACGGCGAGUGGCAGUGGCUGCAAACGAGCUCACGUCUGGUGUACAAAAAUUCCAAGCCGGACUUUGUGAUCUGCACGCACCGCCAGCUGAUGGACGAGGAGGGCCACGAUCUGCUGGGCAAGCGGACGAUGGACUUCAAGGUCAGCUACCUGGACACGGGCCUGGCGUCCACCUACUUCUCCGAGGCGGAUCAGCUGGUUGUGCCGCCGAGCGCUUCUCCGACGGCCCACGCCCUGCCGCCGCCGGUGACGCCAACGCGUCCCAAUCGCCGUUACAAGACGCAGUUGCGCGACUUCCUCUCCACCUGCCGCAGCAAGCGCAAGCUGCAGCAGCAGCAAAAUCAGCAGCAGACGCAGCAAACCUCUCCCCUGGGUGGUCCGGUGGGUUCGCCUGCUCCGGCCGUGGCCGUGGAGUACUUGCCCGAUCCGGCGGCUGCGGUGGCCGCCGCCUACUCCAACCUGAACCCCAUGUACACGACCUCGCCGUACGCUAGUGCCGCGGACAAUCUCUACAUGGGCAGCUCCAUGCCGGCCAACGCCUUCUACCCGGUCAGUGAGAACCUCUUCCAUCAGUACCGACUGCAGGGCGCCGUCGGUGGCUACUACACGGACUACCCGCACUCCGGCGCCCCGGCAUCGGCCUACGUGGCGAAUGGCUUCCUCUCCUACGACGGAUACGCCAUCGCCUCCAAGGCGGACGAAAAGUGGCAGGAGACGGGCAAGUACUACAGUGGCUACAGCAGCGGCUACGGGAGCCCGACAUCCACGCCACAGCAAAUUCCCCUUAAGACGCCGAAGUCUUCACCCCAGGUCAUGGAGGUGAUCUCCUGCUCCUCGGACGGACCCUCGCCCGUGGGCGGCGCCACGCCCAAUGGCGUUGGCAGUGCCACGCCCAAAGUGGAGCUGGCCGCAGCAACGGCUGCAGCAGCUGCGAGCCAGGAUCCCUACGAGCGUCAGACGGUGCUAAUGUGGGGCACCACGCACUCGAGCGGGGUGCCGCUGAACAGUCUGCAGGGUGGACGGAGUGGGACUGGAAAUCCGGGCUCCCCGCAGCGAGCCACGCCUCUGACCAACGGACUGGGCUAUCCCGGCGCCAGCAAUAAUAACAACGAGCACGAACCUGCAACGGCGGCCAAGUGGAACGGGACAAAGGAGCUGCCGGGAAAGUCGGCCAGCGCCAGUACGCCGGAGAGCUACCAGAUGCAGCACGACGACUCCGGCCUGUACUCCGCCUCCUCGCACACAACGUCGCCCCAGCAGCAGCAACAACAACAGCAACAGCAGCAGCAGCUACAGCAGUCGCAGCGAGGAGUGGGUUCCAAUGUUAGCGCUCCCAGCAGCUCCCUCACCAGCACCACGGGCACAGAUCAGCAGGCGGUGCACCCACCCAGUUGCCACCAACAACAGCAACAGCAACAGCAGCAGCAGCAGACGCAACACCAUCACGCCCACCCGCAUCCGCACUCGCAUCAUCACCACCAUCAUCACCACCACCAUGAGACGGCGCAUCAGCACAGCAGCGAGAUCAUACUCACCAACCAUCAGCAGCAGCAGCAGCAGCAAUCGCUGGCCGGCUAUCCGCUGCACCAUCAGCUGGUGGGAGUCGGAUCAGGAUCACCGCCGCCGCCAUCCGCGUUGUCCCGCUCGCCCACAGCUCUGCCGGCGGUGAGUAGCCUGCUCAACGGAUCAGCUUCAGCAGGAUCAGGAUCAGGAUCGGCAGCCGACAUACCCUACCAGCAGCUGGCCAUUGUGUCCGCUCCGCUGGUGAUCUGCGCCGAGGAGGUGGGCAUUGGACGUAAGUCAUCCAAGCAGCAACAACAGCAGCAGUCGCUGCAGCAACUGCAGCAGCAACCGUCCCUGCAACAGCAGCAACAUGCAAUUUACCAGCAGCAGCAACACCACCACCACCACCACACGCAGCACCAUUCGCAUCAUCAGCUGCUCUAUCCGGCGAACAUUACGGCGCACACGGCGCUGGCCUAUGCCCCGCCCACCGCCGGGGGGGCGUACGCCGAUGGCAGUCCGCUGCUCUCCUUCUCCGAGGUGACCAACACGCUACUCAACCAGUGAAUCCUGACUCAGUGAUUGUCGAGACGAGACGAAGCGCCGAAGGAGGCCGUUCAACAGUUUUGCCAAAAUGUGGACUAUGACUAUCGUAUCUUCCAUAAUCUGAACCAGCUACGAAUGGAUAUAGCCAGAGCACGCCAUUCGUCCACCCACUCCUUGGUUGACAGCAGCAACAGAAGCAGAGAAGAUUUAUAUUUAUUUUACUGUGAUAAUUUAUAGAUACAUUGUAUUGUAUGUGACACUAGGUUUGCCCAUUAACAAAUCCAUAACAGCCGUAAUAUUCGUAUCCAAACUUCCAGGGAAUUGGAAAUGGGUACUGCAACCUUGACCAGCACAAAGUUAGGCAGCGACACCCCGUUUUAUCCUAAGCAAUCAUGGGUAGACGGCGGCCAGCUUCGACAUUCAAUUUCAGUUGUAGUUACAACCAAAGAUUUCUCUAACUUAUACUUAUCAUUUUAGCAUAAUACGAUCCAUCCAAUUGGCUUCGAUGUGUUGCGCCAAACUUUAGUUACAUUUCAGUUACACUCGUGAGCAGAGUAAGGAAUAAAUGCAUAAAUAGUUGCGUUUAAGAGUGCUUGAGUAGCAUUUAAGUGAAUAACAGAUGCUUGUAUCCAUAUUUAAUUGAACUUUAGACGUAACGAGUAAUGCAAGAUAAAGUAAUUUUCAUGAUUCCUAUCGUUUAGCAUGUAAUUAAAUUAAUCCGUAAGCGGAUAUAUUUAUAACUGUAUACACAUAAUGUAUUGUAUGUUUAAAGUUUUCUUGGAAUUUCUAGUCGCCCGCAUAAAACAUUUACUUAUAAAUUAAACAACUACCACACAAAAUACACUUGUAUGGUAAACAUAUUUUGCAAUUCGGAAGUAAUACUGUAGUCUGUACUACUUGUAUGAUGAUGACCGACUACUGGUAACCAGCAAUGAAAAAUCGAUCGAAAUUACCGCUUUAAAUUCGAUGUUUAUGUAUUCGAAAAAAUAAAUAAUUAAUUUAAAAUGUAGAUAACCUGUCAGCUAAUUAAAAUAAAACGUUUAAUACAAUUUCAAUUAAAAACUAAUAAAAAAAACCCGAGUGCAUGUCAAGCGCGCCUAUCCAAAACAAUCAGAGCGAAAUAAAUCUAGAAAAUAAUCGAACUA